ACCGACAGGCUGAGGGUAUAAAGAGACUCUGCUGCCAUCCGUCAGCGUCCGACUGAGGGUUCUGCUCUGUAGACUGAAACCUGCUCACAAUCCAAGAUGACUUCAGGACUAGUCUUUGCUCUGCUGCUCUGUCUGAGCUGCGGACUCUGGAUGGCUGGAGAGGCGUCGUGUAUAAAACCAAUUCCUAAAUGUCGCUGCCCGUCUGGAUGGAGCCAAUAUGGCCGACGCUGCUUCCUGUUCUAUAACUAUGAGAGGGACUGGGCCACUGCUGAGCGUAUCUGCAUUGACAACGGUGCAAACCUGGCCUCCUUCCACAGCAGCAGUGAGUACCAGUUCCUAAAGAAUCUGGUGAACAGCAAGAAAGGUUCUUAUGUCAGGACCUGGGUUGGAGGCAACGAUGCAGCAAAGGACGGAGUUUGGAUGUGGACCGAUGGGUCCAGAUUCAGCUACGCCCACUGGGGCAAAGGAGAGCCCAACAACACUGGUGGACGAGAGAGCUGCAUGGAGAUCAACCUGAGAGGAUCGUCUCUUCACCUGAACGAUGAAAAAUGCUCCAGAAAGAGUUACUUCAUCUGUGCCAAAGACCUCUAA